AUGUCACAGUCGAGCGGGCCGCACGCCUGCGGCGGAGGCCGGCCCGGUGGCUCUCCCGUCUUGGAGCGCUGCCGUCAGCAAUUCGCCGACGGUGGUGGCGCGGAUGCGGUGGUGCCGCUGCCGCCGGGCGGAGUCGCUACCGCGACCGGGGUGGUGACGAGCUCGGUCGCUUCCGACCGGCUCGAUGAGGCCUCUCUCCGCUCGUGGGCCGCCGCGCUCUACCUGAUGGAGGGCGGAGAGGAGACGCCGCCUCGCGCCGAGCGUCAGGUCGCCGUCUCGCGCUACAAGGUGACGCACACCGACGCCACUCUGCUCUCGUACGUCGGCAACCUCCGCGUGCUGCGGCAACGACUCGGAGCGCAGUGGGCAGGCUGCCAGCUGUCGCUCCGCGACCGCGAGCUGCGCACUGUCUUCGGGUCGUCGACGCCGGCCGGCGGCGACGGCAUCCGCCGGGCUGCCGUCCCCGACGGAGCCGCUGACGGCGACGGGCACACACAUAUCGGCGGCUUUGAAGUGUGCGACGAGGCCAUCGACCGCGUGCUCGGCGACGCCUCCGCCCACUCCAACCCGCGCGUGCGCGAGGCGGGCGUCGCCUUUGAGGCCGGCGAGCAGCUGCACCGCGUCCGGCGCUGCCACGUCUGCGACACGUGCCGUCCGAUGUUAAUGUGCACUCCGGCCGUGGAGCCGCCGCUCCGGCCGGAAGGCACGCCGCCCGUUUCGCUCAGCGUGUGGCGCGCGUCGCCUGAUGAGCUGGCUUGGCGCCACCUCCGUCGCCUGCUCUACGUGUGCACCGACUGCCGGAAGCACCGGCGCCGCGAGUCGCGCGGCCGCUGCCAGCUCUUCUCGGGUGUGCGCACCGUCCUGCCGGACGACCUCGGGCCGCCCGCAGACGCUAUGCGGCACAACGACAUGCACCUCCGCGUCGCCCCGUCAUGGCUCAAGUGCCUGUCGCAGGUCGAGAGCAUGCUGAUCGCGCGGAUCAUCCCCGUGAUGCGCAUCAGGAGGAUGUCGGGCGGCAUGCUUUCGUCCGCCGGCAGCUGCACGACGUUACCAAACGACAUGUUCAAGGUGGCGCGCGAGCUGCCUCGGCACGCGAGCGAGCUGGGCCUCAUCAUCCUGCGCAAGGCGGGCGCGCGCCACGACGGUGGGCGCGCUUUCGCGGCGGAUAGGCGAUCGGUGCAGGGCGCGCUGACCGGCCUCGUGCGCGGCGACCCGCCGGGCGGCUCGCCGCACCGGCCGACCGUCGACAGCUACUUCGUAGACGUGUAUGAUGUGCGAGCUCUCUACUCCGCAUCCGCCGACUGGGAGCGGUACUCCGGCCCCGACCUCCCCUCCGGCGAGCGGCUCAGCGGCCGCUGGUUCCUUCACAUCCCCAACCGGUACUACUCCGACGUCGUGAUGUCGCAGCAAAGGCAGCAGGCCGUGCCAGAGGAGCGCGCCGAGCUGCCUGGGCUGCCCAAUGAGCUCCCGCCCGAGGUCGACGGGGACGGCUCGGUGAGCCACUCGGGGCUGGUCUCCCCGAUCGACUCCAAGGACGCCGAUGCCGAGGUGCGCCGCCUCGUCCUCGACUUGCUCGACGGUGACAGCGCCAAGGCAGACGCGCUCUUUGCAGGCGCCGGCGUCGAGGCGCUGCUGGCCGAGGCGGCCGCGACGGGCGCGAGGCGGAUCGCCUUUGACGCCGUCGCGGCGCGUCUCGAGGCGACCGCGGCGCCGCCGCCGCCUCUCGGCACCGCCUUGGCCGCGUGGCCCACGGGGUGGGGCAUCGAGGAGGCGACGGGCAACUUCUGCGGGCUGGCGCACUGGGCUGUGGAGGUGUGGCACGCGGCCGGGUCGGUCGACGCGAGCCGGUGGCAGGUCGAGGCUGACGGAGGGCGCCUCUUCUUUGUGCGGGUCGCGGGAAAGGCCGCAUAA